UCGUAUAUAAGAUGUUCAACACUCAAAUAUACGCAUCAAUGCGAAUCGAAUAAAAUUCAACCAAACAUUCAUCGUUCAGCAGCGUAUCGCAAACGGAGAGUUCGCGAUAGGAAUUGAAUUGCAAAAGGAAAAACAAAACGCUUGCGCAUUGUCACCAGAAUCAAACAACCCUAAUAAAUAUAAAGGCAAAACGAAAGGUGAUAGGGUAGUCAAUCAUCAGUGAAAAACAAGUGUUGAAAAAGUGAAAACGACGAAUCGAUAUCGCUCGCAAACAAACAAAAGAAAGCAAAGAAAAGAUAACAAAAAAUUUAAGAAAAAUGGGUGGCUUCAAGGAUUUCUUAUUCCGCGGAAAUUUGAUUCAACUUGCCGUUGCUGUUAUCAUCGGAGCGUCGUUCGCUAAUUUAGUAACCGCAUUUACAAGCGGUUUGAUCACUCCAUUACUGGGAAUAUUCGGUAGUCAACCAACGUUCAAAGAAUCAACAUUCACAGUGAAUGGAAGCGAAUUCCGAUACGGUGCUGUUGUGGACGCCUGUAUAACCUUUUUCAUCACGGCUUGUGUAUUAUACUACAUCGUUGUGGUACCAUCAACAUGGGUUAUGGACAAAUUCAAGAAAGUAGAAGAGUCCAGUCUAACUACGUGCGCCUAUUGUUGCAGUAAAAUUGAUAAAAAAGCGACUAAAUGUGCCUACUGUACGUCCGAUGUGGAACCGGUGCCUGAAGUCGAAGUUGUAGCCGAACCGGAAGUGGUUAACGGCGACGCCAAAGGGAAGAAAGUGGAUAAAAAUCAUGUUACGCCAGAGGAAGUUUAGAAAAUUUUCUGUCCGAACGGAAAACGUUUUAUGGCAGUUUGUUGUUUGCAGCGGGCUUUUGGCGUGAUAUGAUUCACGAAAUUUAAGUAUUUGAAUGCUUUAAAUGUGCAGGACCUAUAAACAUUCUUAUAUGUGUAUGUGGAACGCUUGACAAAGUUUUUUGUUUUAUUUAUGUAAAGAUACAACUAAUUGACUAAACCAUUUAACAAAGAGCAACGGAAGCAUCCUUCAUUGAUUUUACCUGAUGAUUAACUGUAACGUACAAAAUCGUUUUCUUUUUAAAUGAAAUAUUUUAUCUCAAAGAUCAAAAGCCGGAUUUUUAUAGCUUUUAAGUAUUUAAGGUGCGCAGUAAUGUUAAGUAGAGUUUAAAAAUUUAAAUUGUUAAUUGAUGUGUGUAGUAGAGGCCAAAAUGUAAUGACCGAAAAGCUAUUGAAACAUUGCACUGAAUGAAUUAUGUGGAAGUAUCUCAUGUGGUCACAAUUUUCGUGCACAGUAGAAUGGAGCGACAAAUCAAAUUGCAAUUUUUGAUCAUAUUGAUACAGGGAAGAACAACAAAAUUUCAGACGAAAUUCGGUUGCCCUUUCUUAAGAUUUGAAGAAAUUUUCUUUUUUACGCUUCUCGAAGAUUGUUUUGUAACUAUGGCAAAGUACCAAGCAUAGUAAUGGAAUAGUAGAGUAGUAAGUCACAACAGUGUAAUUUCGGUAAUUUCACAUUUUUACACUGUAAUCAAGGUCAUGUGAGGAACUACUAUAUUUGACAUAGGCAAUAUUCUACCGCUAUGCUAAUGCUUUGGCCUUGUGAGUUUACCUUCGGACGGGAAGUGAGCUGUCGAUAUUAUAUACAACAAAAAUAUUUUUUACCAUUUUUUAAUGAUAAGCAUACCAUCAGCUGUAGAUAUUCUUAAAAAUUGUGACCAUUUUCAUUUUAAAUAUUUUUCUAUUCACCACAAAUGUUCAGAACCGAAACAGAAAUAUAUUUCAAUGACAAAGACCAAAAUCGAAUCGAAGAAUUUAACUAACUUUUUAGAAUAUUUUCAACUGACUAUUAUACAAAAUGAUUUUAUAUAAAUACAUUCAUGCAUAAAAUACAUAUCUUUUGAUAAGGAAUAAGUUUUACGAAAAUAGAACGAAAAUGAAAAGAUUGUCUUAAAAAAUGGGCGAGACAAGUUUUACCUAAACAGAAAUUUUUAAUGAAAGAAAAACUUUUUAUUCACUCCUUUGGGUGAUAUUUACACUAUAAUGUACCUACCAUUUACCAUUAUACUAACAUGUAAUUAUUUACAUUGAAUAAAGCCAUCCGUACGUCGCUAAA